CUAGGACCCGGAAGAAGAGCAGGAAGCAGUAGCCACCGGCGGACAGACUGUCAUGGCGGACCAAAACACGCCAGAAAGCGCAGAAAACUCAUUCAAUGAAAUAUUAAGCCCAUGUGAGCUGUUUGCGGCCCGGUCCAGGAGCCAUAAGAUCCCGACCCGAGGCCAGAAGGAUUUCUGUCCAGAUGACUCGGAGGAGCAAAAGCAGCGGCUGCAGCAGAGCCUGGAUGAACACUGGAGCCUCAUUUCAGAGGAGCGGGUCGAGAGGCUGGGAAACCUGGUGAAAUCCAUCUGGAGUCCCAGUGAGCGGAUUGUGGAGCUCCAGACUCCUGCUGGGAAGUUUUGGCAGACGAUGGGUUUCUCUGCAGAAGGGAAGCAGCUGCUCCUCCCUGAAGAGGCGCUCUACCUGAUGGAGUGUGGCAACCUGCAGGUGUUCCACCAGGACCUGCCGCUGUCCAUCCAGGACGGCUACGAGGCGUUCCUGUCCUCAGACUCUGUGAGCCUGCAGCAGUACCAGGUGUUCGGUCAUCUGAAGCGGCUCGGAUAUGUGGUGCACAGGUUUGACCCCAGCGCCGAGCCGUCGCCCUACGCCCGGCAGCUGAACCUGCCUCGGUCCCGGGACCGCGGGGCGAGGCAGCUGAAGAGGAAACGCAGCCCGACGCCCACGUCCAGUAAAACAGCAGCAAAGUCUGAGGCUGAGGAAAUGGAGGAGGAUGAUAAACUACCUGAGUCCCACCUGGUGACCUCAGCGGCGCCUCAGACUUCCUCCUCCGGCGCUGCAGGUGAAGUCCAGGCCAGGACCUGGUGGCCGGCGGAUGUUCCCGAGCGGCAGGCGGGUCAAAGGUCGGCCCCCGGUUCCCAGCGCUGGGACUUCAGCUCCAUCUGUUUCCCUGACCUGGGCUCCGCCAGCCGCCUGGUCCCGCCGGACGCCUCACUGCUUCCCGGCGGCGUGACGCCUGGCGUGUGCGACGUCGCCCCCUGGAUGCGGAGGAUAAACCUGCGGAAAGUGAAAAUGUCUGUGAAGGAGGAGGAGAGGGAGAGACGGCAGCGGCGGCGGGAUGUGAACAAAGACAGAGAGGUCCGGAGGUGCAGAAACUGGGCCGAGUACCACGAGCUGAUGGAGCGGCGGCAGGCGAAGCGGCAAGGCCGACCCGCUCACUUAUGGAGCGGGGAAGUUCAGCCUCUACACGACCCGACUCGACCCAUCUCCACCGCGGAGCUGCUGGAGAAAAUCAGCGUGAUCAAAUCGACUAACCUGCUGGAGGGAGCAGCCAGGUUCAAAGGUUCGGAGGAAUGGAGGAUUUGUUUCAAUGUUUACCAGCCGGAUUCGGUGGCUGACUUCAAAAAGAGCAACCCGGGCAAGCCGUACGCCCGCAUGUGCGUCUGCAGUUUUGACGGUCCUGUUCCCGAUCUGCAAGUCAUCAAGCAGCUUUCGUUUCAGAGUGGCGACGUUCCCGUCGUUUACGCCGCCGUGGAUCACGGAGACAUCUCCUUCUACACCUUCAAGGACUUCCAGCUGCCCAGGGACGUCUACCCCUGAGAUUCAUCCAUCCGGGAGUUUUUAAACCUUCAUGAGCUACAUAUGGAAAAAUACAAACUUUUUCAAAUUUUCAAAUGAAACAAUUUACCUUUUUUCCACUUGUACCAAGAAACCUAUAAGGGAUGCAAAUGUUUGCCUUGUUCUUUUGUUUUUGUGCCAACAGACGAUUAAUAUAAUGAGAAUCACCUGUUUUUUUAUUAUUAAAUCAUUGUUUACCUUA